CUUAAAAAUGGAGAACUCAAGUAAUUACAGGAGAAAGAGAAGAUUGAUUAAUAAAAAUAUUUCUGAAGGUCAAGAGUGCCUUGACAGUGACACAAAUGGCUUACAGAUUAUGAAGAGUGUCAGUAUGGAGGAUAAAAUUUACAGCCAAACAGCUAUGCAGAAUAGGAAGGGUAAAGCAAGAGGAACAAUGAAUGCAAAGAUAGUCCGUGGGUGCAGGGAAAACCAGAGAUAUGAUGCCAGUCCAUUUGAUGAUGAUUUUGACCAACAAGUCUCUCAUUUCAGGUUUUCGGUGAAUGCUGGUCCCGAAGAAGGGAUUGAUUGACUAAGAGAGUCUAACCCUUUCUUUGAUUUUAAUUCAGGACCUGGCCAUAAAGUUGUUGAUAAAUUAUUCAAAAAUACCCAAGAUCAUAGACAAAGAUUCACUAAUAUAAACCCUGCACAGAGUGUAUUUGAGAAAAGAGAAUCUAUCAAGCGCAGUGGUAGCAUGGCUAGAAUCGGCCACCAAAUGACAAAUGCCACUAAAAUUAUUGAAUUGGCAAACAAUGCACUAAAAUGUUCUCAAGUUAAGAAAAAUAAAGAAUGUAUUAUCAACAGACCUCCAAAGAUGAAGGCUUCUCUUACUCAGGAAAGCCAGUCUGCAGAUACUUUUACCUUGAAAGAUGAGAAUAUGGUGAAAAUGCAGAAUUUAAUAUAUGGAGAUCGAAAGAGACAGUCAAAUGCGGAUCAAAAUAUCAUGGACAUCUUUAACAAAAGCAUGAAUCGUAAAAAUAGUGUGCCUGUAAAGGAGACCUCCUUCAAUAACUGUUCAAAAUAUGCUAGAAGGGCAAUGAAUAUUGACGAGGCUUUAGACGAAAUUGAGAAACAUCGGAAAUCUUUUGCUCCAAAUAUGUCUACAUCAAAAGUUCGCAAAAAUACCACUUGAGGAGGAAGAUAUCAAAAUAGCAGGUAUCAGCAAGACCAAGACUCCCUUGAGGACACCAAAACUAUUGAAGAACUUGAACACAAACCUGGAGGAGCCCCUCUGGAGGAUGAGGACGAUACUUCACCCAUACUAAGUGAAGAUCUCAUCCAAGACCUUGAAUUUGAAGCGAAUAAAGAGAAAUUGGCUGAGACUACAAAUGAAGAAAGAGUAAGUGUCUACAAGGUACGUGAAUCAAAUCGAAGAAAGCGACACAGGAAGAACCAUGAAGAGAAGGAGAAUGAUUAUUCAGGCAAGACCACCAAAACAGAGGAUCCUUCUGACCUCGCUCCUGAGAAUGUACAGAAAGAAAAGGAAUCGAGUCUUAAUAAUGAGAAGAUUAGGACAAGUCUGUGUAAAACAACUGGAAAAUUGAAAGACCAUAUUUUAGACCAGAGUAUCGAUUCAGUGGGGGAAGCAGCGGAUGUUACAAUGACAAUGGAGGAUUAUCCCCUCACCCAUACUAUGGAAAUCCUCAGCUCCAAGGAGGUUUUCAAGCCUAAAGGGAUGAAGAAAGUUGAUCUGGAAGAUAAGAAUGAGGUAGCAUACUCGAAAGAUCUGAUCAAAAAUCAAAGAUUCGGAAAACUGAAUAAACACGCUGAUGUGAUAAGUUAUGAAGAUCAUGAGGCCUUCCCUGACUACCCUGGGUUUUAUUUUAGAGAAAUCUAUCGUAAUACAGCUAUUGAGCUUCUUGAGCAGGGAGAGAACUUAGAUGUUGAACUCACAGAUUACGUGAGAAACUGUGAUGAAGAGUCAGUUAUCCCGGAGCUAAGUGAUAAAAUAGUUGACGAUAAUAAAACCCACGCUACUCAGAGUAUGCAAGGGCUAUAUUAUGUCAACACAAUUCAGCCUACAGAUGCUUAUAUAAGUCAAAAAGUUACCUUGCCUCCCACUGAUAAGAAGAAAUUAGCCAUAUUUGAUAUGGAUGAAACUUUAAUUCACUGCGUAUUCGAUAGAGGAGUGGUGAGCAACACAAAUGAAGGUCCUAAAAAGACAGACGCUAUGCUUAAAUUCAAGUGUACCUCUGAGGGAAUAGAGUACCUCCCUGUGAAUGUUCGACCCUUCAUCAGAGAAUGAAUCCUUGAGAUAAAGAAAUAUUAUCAAGUGAUUGUCUUCACAGCCUCUAAGAAGGAGUAUGCAGAUACUAUUCUGAACUACAUCGAUCCUGAUGGUGAUCUUAUCGAAGCAAGAUGUUACAGGGAUAGUUGUUAUACAACUCAAGACUAUGUGUAUAUCAAAGAUCUCAGAAUCUUUGAAGACCAGUGGGACAUGAAGGAUAUUGUCUUAAUUGAUAAUGCAGUGCAUUCGUUCGGGUUCCAGAUAAACAACGGCAUCCCGAUGCUUCCCUUCUACGACGACAAGAAGGAUACAGAAAUGAUAUAUCUCGCUCAUUACUUGAAUGAUCUUCAGAGACAAGCUGACAUGCGCCCAAUGAUUGAGAGAACCUUUUGGAUCAAGAAGCUGACGAAUGACCAAAUCUUGGAAGCAAUCGAAGGCGUCAUUGAAUACGCAAUUGAAGAAGUUAUCGAAAAUGUGGAAGAUGAUUUUGAAUUUAGUGAUGUUCAACCCAAAAGUUUUGAUUUAGAUGAAAAUCCUUUAAGACAGAGUAUUACGGAUCUUGAGUUUACUGACGAUAUUGAUGAACGGGAAGGAGAAGUUGAUACCAUUCCAAAUAUUGCAAUGUGAGCAAGGACUAUUCCUUGUAAACCUUCAAGUGCGAAAAUCAGAUUAAACAAAACAGUUUGUGAUAUUAAAAGUACUACUGCUGCUCAACCUUUUCAGAGCAAAAAGUGAAAGGUUGGGGGAAAUUAUUUAUCCAAGACAACAAAUCUGGAUGGGGACAAUUCAGGAGACAGAGUCUCAAAAUCCAAAAAGUUUGACUAUCAGGCAAAUAUCAAUAGAGGAAAAAUCUUUAACUACAAACAAACUAACCAAUGAUCAAUAGAGGAUAUCGAUGAUGAUGCUUGGAUCAAGAAAAAUAUGGAUGAGAUCCAAGACACGCUCCGAAGAAAAGGGAAGCCACCCAAGAUCGAUUCUGUCUGUAUAUAAUCAUGCUCUAAUUCCUGGUUAAUUCUA